AUGGACUAUACAUCUGUUCUAACCGCUAUUGCGAUGUGUAUCAUGCAGGAUACCAUGACAGGACAUCCUCGUAGCUGGAGAGCUCAUAUACAAGCUGCGUUGAGGAUAAUAGUACAGGGGAAACUCUAUCAAGGUCUGGAACCGGGAUCUGAAUUACACGUUGUGGUUCUGCAAUGUCUUUGUCUCGUCGUGUUGGGCGAUGUUGAUACACAGCAUGACCUUGCAGAUAUGGUGUCUCAACUCCCGAGCACCGAGGACUAUGCCUCUAAACAUCACAGUGUCACAAAGGCUCUCGUCGGUAUCAUAUCUCAAAUCAAUACGCUCUCGAAACAAGAUGCUAUUGAAGGUCUCGCUCUGUUUGACCAGCUAGAACUUCAGAUCUAUCUACAAGUCAGCCCAACAACCCAACACAAUCAAUUCCGCAGUGAAAAGGUCAACUUCAUCAGUCAACACUAUGCCUCGGUCUGGCACUACGCCACAAUAAUACACCUCCAAAGAUGGAUCCGCCACAAGCCGCCAGAGCAGCUACAAGAUAUUGUAUCUGAAGCACUGACUCAUCUUGAAGCGGCUGAAGAUGUUGCUACUGACCUUGACGGAUGCAUUGUUUUAUGGCCUUGCAUGGUUAUAGCAAGUGAAUGCUAUGAUGAAGCGCACAAGAUGCGUGCGUUGAAUUGGUUCAAGAGAAAGGAGCGUCAUGGAUUUGCGAAUGUCAGUUUGGCAAGCACAAUUUGUCUCGAAUAUUGGAAAUGGCGUCACAGUAAUCCUUCUAAGGCCUUAACUACAUCAUGGCAAGAUUUAGUUGCAGGAGCUCAGUAUGAUUUUGUUCCGGUAUGAGAUAAUUUGAUAUAGCGUCUCCCCAUCCUAUGGUCUGAACCUUCAGGAAAAUAGUUAUCAAAGAAUCGAACCAUAAAGAUUUAAUGCUCACAAGGCUUCGCUAAACAUAUCCCCGAAAUAACAAUUAAAUCUGCAUGGAUAUAGAAUGGGUUGGGCUGGCC